GCCGCCUCUGCUCCGCAGCAGCCGCUACUGCGGGAGAGCCUUUUCCAGGUGUCGGACUUAAUCCACCUCCAGAGCCGGAUCUUUCUCGUUCGGGGUUCUCGGCAAAGACCGCUGCCAUGCCGGUGACGGUGACCCGCACGACCAUCACAACCACCACGUCGUCAUCCUCAGGCCUGGGCUCCCCAACCAUCGUGGGGUCCCCUCGGGCACUGACCCAGCCCCUGGGCCUCCUCCGCCUGCUGCAGCUGCUGUCCACCUGUGUGGCCUUCUCCCUGGUGGCCAAUGUGGGUGCUUGGACCGGGGCCAUGGGUGACUGGUCCAUGUUCACUUGGUGCUUCUGCUUCUCUGUGACCCUCAUCAUCCUCAUUGUCGAGUUAUGCGGGCUCCAGUCCCGCUUCCCCUUGUCCUGGAGAAACUUCCCCAUCACCUAUGCGUGCUACGCCGCCCUUUUCUGCCUGUCGGCCUCCAUUAUCUACCCCACCACCUACGUCCAGUUCCUGUCGCAUGGCCGCUCCCGGGACCACGCCAUUGCCGCCACCGCCUUCUCUUGCAUCGCUUGUGUGGCUUAUGCCACCGAAGUGGCCUGGACCCGGGCCCGCCCCGGGGAGAUCACCGGCUACAUGGCCACCGUGCCCGGCCUGCUCAAGGUGCUGGAGACCUUUGUGGCCUGCAUCAUCUUCGCCUUCAUCAGCAACCCCUCCCUGUACCAGCACCAGCCGGCCCUGGAGUGGUGUGUGGCUGUGUACUCCAUCUGCUUCAUCCUGGCAGCCGUGGCCAUCCUGCUGAACCUGGGCGACUGCACCAACAUGCUGCCCAUCUCCUUCCCCAGUUUCCUGUCAGGCCUGGCCCUGCUCUCGGUCCUUCUGUACGCCACUGCUAUUGUUCUCUGGCCGCUCUACCAGUUCAGCGAGAAGCACGGUGGCCAGCCCCGUCGGUCAUGGGAUGUGGGCUGCAGCAACCGGCACGCCUACUACGUGUGCAACUGGGACCGCCGACUGGCCGUGGCCAUCUUGACGGCCAUCAACCUGCUGGCUUACUUGGCCGACCUGGUGUACUCGGCCCGCCUGGUUUUCGUUAGGGUCUGAGGCUCCGACAACAGUGACGACGGGAGCUCUCAAUUCCCUCUUGCCCGCAGAGGUUUCUUUCCCAAGUCCUAACUGCCUCUUCUGGCUCCCUCUCGCCUACCUUUCCCAUUUCCUUCCCGAUUCAUCCUGCUCGCCU